AUGGCGGACAACGACUUCAGAUACACAAUCCCCGCAGAGCACUUACCAGCCACAAUAAUCGCCGUCAAGACAAGCAAGGACAAGUCCAUGUCCGACGGCGACGAGCUGCUCGAAUACGAAUAUAUCGUCAAGCGGGAAGGCUAUGUCGACGAAGACAAGACUGCUCUGAUUGCACAGAGAGGAGAAAUCCGCGCCACCAAGGACGGAGUCGUGGAGGCCAUUCAUGUCGUCAAGGGAAAGGUCAUUGACAACGAGAGUACGGUGGUGAUCGACUACAAAGGCUGCGACCACGACACGCAGUACGAGGGCAUGUGUGUUAUGUGCUGCAAGACUGUACCCAUGAACCAAGAGUCUCAUGUCAUGAUGGCCCACGAUGCAACGUCGCUUGCCGUCAGCCGUUCUGAGGCAAAGAGGCUGGAGCACGAUACAGUGGGUCGACUUUUGAACGAGGGCAAGUUGUCUCUGAUUGUGGAUCUGGACCAGACACUUAUUCAUGCGACAGUCGGACCAGCUAUCGACGAAUGGAUCAACUCUCAGGGUGGGAUGCCACAGGACGUGAAAAUGUUUCCUCUACCAGACAGUUCUACGCCAUACUACAUCAAGUUGCGGUACGACGGCACAGCGGGGCUUGCAGUUCUUGAUCGGGAACGCUUCUUGCAAAAGGUCGCGGCCAUCUACGAACUGCAUAUUUACACAAUGGGGACAAGGAACUAUGCAUCAGCGGUCGCCAAGGCUAUCGACCCUGAUGGCAAGUUUUUCAGUCAGCGGAUCCUCUCCAGAGAUGAAAACCUCAACAUGACGCAAAAGUCGAUUGAACGCCUGUUUCCCUGUGACACUUCCAUGGUCGUGGUGAUUGACGAUCGUGCAGACGUGUGGCAGUACUCUCCUAACCUGGUCAAAGUUCACCCAUACGAGUACUUUGUUGGGGCUGGGGACAUUAAUGCAGGGCAUCUCCCGAAACAGGACACCGUCGUCAAGUCAGAACCAGCACCCAGCACAGGAGCAGCUCCAAUAGCAGAUCUCGUUAAGGAAUCAACAGAAGCCAAAUCUGAACUAUCCGACACCUCAGCAGGGGCAACAGAAGCCACAGUCGAGACUGAAACAUCUACAGCAGCGCCCACUGAUGCGACGGCAGCUUCUUCAGAUGCAACGGCGGCGUCGUCUGAAGAAAAGACGCCAGAGGAGAAAAGCGAGGAAAAGAAGGUAGAGGUGACAGCGUCCACGGUGUCUGCACCUGGAACCCCAGGGAAAGUCCUCAAGGCCAAAGCUCCUGUCAUGGAUGAUAAUGACAACGAGCUCAAGCACAUCCUCGAGAUCUUGGAGACGAUUCAUGAAAAGUUUUAUGACGACAGGGAGGUGUUCAAGCUUACAAAACCAAAGAAGCAACCAGAUGUGAAGGAGAUCAUCAGAGAUAUGAAGAAGAGCGUGUUGAAAGGAGUCAACAUUGUCUUCAGUAGUGUGAUUCCCCUUGGUCAGAUACCCCAGAGGGCAGACAUCUGGAGACAAGCUGAAAGCUUUGGAGCUAUAUGCUCGACCGAGUUGUCAGCAGGAGUGACCCACAUUGUGGCUGCCAAGGCGGGCACGCAAAAAGUCAGUGAGGCGAGGAGACGCAGGAAUGUCAGGAUCGUCCGCCCAGAGUGGUUGUACCACUCCAUCGGAAAGUGGCAACGCCAGAAUGAAGCCGACUACAUCCUGCCCGAACUCGCCAACAAAUCGUCACCCAGGUCCACAACGCCACCGCACAAUCCCGAAGACGAAAAGAACUUCGGCGGAGCGGAAGGUAACGGGGAAGAGGACCAGGGUGGCGAGUCGGAAGAUAUGGGCACCAUACAAACCAUCAAUAAUAACGUGUGGGAAGAUGCAGCCAAGGAGCUUGAGGAUGAGCUGGGGGAUCUGGACGAUACUGACUUUGACAGUGACACGAGCAAUACACAGAGCGACGCGAGCACGGACAGAGGGAACAGGUCCCCGCUUACGAACCUAAAGCGGACAAGAGUGUUUCGAAGGUCAGGCCUCAGCACGGCGGUGACCAGUGGCGGAAACGAUGACGACGACGAUGAGGAUGAGGACUCUGACAAUGGUAGGAUGAACGUGGACAUGAUGGAAGGAGGAGACGGACGUGAAGGUUUUGGAGAGGACGAUGACGAUGAUAAGGGCAUGAGUACUCAGGACAGCGACAGUGACAUUGAUGAUGAGAACGGGUCCGACAGUCAGCAGGGUUACAGUGAUGCAACUAGUGAUGCGAGUGGGUCUGCUGUGCGACAACGUAAGAGAAGGCGCCGGAGCAUUGGAAAGAACGGCGGUCUUGAAGAUACUGUUGGCGAUGAUGAUGAAGAUGACGAUGAUGGUAUGGACGCCGACGAUGAGGUGACGAUGGACCACACGCACACGAUGCAACAGAGCCAGGAGGAUGACGACGACGACGAUGAUGUCGAUUUCCUGAAUGACCUCGAGAAUGAUUUGGAUGCGCAGCUAAAGGACGACUAG